GUGUUCAGCGAGCCUUCGCUCAGAAAAGGUGUAGAAUAUCUGGUAUAAAAAGGCGAGGGAGCGCGGCCAGAAAGAGGAGCGAGGCUACGAGACUUGCGACAACAGUAAGGCACAGGAGAGCCAUUCAAAAGAGCAGGGGGUCAAAGGUGAGAAGAGCAGAGGGCACCAUGGAGAGUGAGCCAGGGGCCCCUGCCUCCACGGCCGGCAGCACCGGAACCACCACCUCCUCCACCACCAACUCCUCCAGCACCACAGCUGCCAGCAGUAGUAGUACCUCUAAUACUACUGCUACUACAUCUACCACUUCCACUAGCAGUAGUAAUAGUAGUAGCAGCAGUAGUAGUAGUAACACUAGCAGUAGUUCAGCUAGUAGUACUGCAACAGGAAGACAGGCAGUGCCUCAGAUAUCUGUUUACAGUGGGAUACCUGACCGACAAACAGUGCAGGUGUUCCAGCAGGCGCUACACAGACAGCCAAACACAGCAGCACAGUACCUGCAGCAGAUGUACGCUGCUCAGCAGCAGCAUCUCAUGUUGCAAACCGCAGCCCUCCAGCAGCAGCACAGCCUCAGCACCGCUCAGCUUCAGAGCCUGGCUGCUGUACAGCAGGCCAGUAUUGCAGCUGGACGGCAAAACUCUUCACAGAAUGGCACUUCAUCUCAGCAAACAGGAUCUACUCAGGCUACGAUCAACCUGACCACCUCCCCAGCAGCAGCUCAGCUGAUCAGCCGGGCCCAGAGCAUCAGUUCCACCCCCACCAGUAUUUCCCAGCAGGCUGUUCUGCUGGGCAGCCCAUCCAGUCCCACUCUCACGGCCAGCCAGGCACAGAUGUACCUGCGCGCACAGAUGGCCCAGCAGAGUAACCUGGUUCAGGUGGCCAGGAGCCUGGGCCGGGCUGUUCCUCUGUCCCCUCAGCUCAUCUUCACUCCAACAGCCACAGUGACGGCUGUCCAGUCAGAAAGCUCCACUCAGGCCUCCUCGCAGAAUCAGGUCCAGAACCUGGCCAUCCGUGGCCAGCAGGGGGCGACAACGUCUUCCUCUCAGACUCAGACCCUGCAGGCUCUCAGUCUGAAGCAGAGCCCUGUGCCCAUCCAGCCCACCUCACUGAUCAAGAAUCCAAGCCAGGGGACGCAGGCCGCCACAGGAGGGAAGACCAGCUCCUCCGACGGCCCGUCUGAUGGAGGGAAGAAGGGGGACGGUGCAGCAGUCACAGAAGUCCGAGCUAUAAACAUGAGCCGCAGUGUUACGGCUGUCAGUGCCCAGCCUCUGAUUGCUCCAGCUUACACCCAGAUUCAGCCGCACUCCCUGGUUCAGCAGCACAAGCAGCAGCAGCAGUUUGUGGUCCAUCAGAGUCAAGGUUCCCAGAAGACUACCGGCCAGCUGCUGCAGACGGCCUCAAUUCAGCCAUCACAGCACCCUGUCCCUGUGCUGCCCAAACCUGCUCCACACCAGCCCUCUACACCCAGCCAGCAGGCCACCAUCUUCCACUCCACCAUCAGCCCCCAUGCCCUCCACUCCUCCCUCAGCCAAGCCAAAGCUCAGCCCGUCCAGCUCACUGCCAUUAACCUUCAAAUACAGCCAACGGCCUCUCGACUGGUUCAAGACAGUAAAGAUAAGCCAACCUCACUAGUGGUGAGAGAGACAUGUCCGACUCCCUCAACGCAGCAGCAGCAGCAGCAGCAGCAGCAGCAACAACAGCAACACCAACAGCAGCAGCAGCAGCAACAACAGCAGCAGCAGCCGCAGCCACAGCAGCAGCAGCCGCCACAGCAGCAGCAGCAACAGCAACAGCAACAACAACAACAACAGCAACAACAGCAGCAACCCGCACCUCUGCCUUUGCAACCCACCAAGCCUGCAGAGCAGCCCAAGGUCGACACAGCUACACCAGCUGUUCAGCCACAAGGAGGGGGCUCAACCAAGAGGCCGAGUGCUGCACCUGGGACUCCUCCUCCAGCCAUGACCUCAGGAAAUGAGAGCGAGGCGCCCAGCGUGACGGGCAGCACGCCACAGAACGGGGAGAACAAACCGCCCCAGGCCAUCGUCAAGCCCCAGGUCCUCACACAUGUCAUCGAAGGCUUUGUCAUCCAGGAGGGAGCCGAGCCGUUCCCGGUCUGUGUGGAGCGUCUGCCCAUUCUUAUCGACAGCCCAAAGAAGCUGGAUCAUCAGCUCUCCUCAGACCCUGACAAAACUCCAGUCAGCAACGCGGCAAACACCGACUCCGAACCGGAGGACAUGAACCAGCCAGAAAAAGAACAAGAACCGAAGCUGACAUGCGAAUAUUGUGGCUGGGUCGACUUUGCCUACACCUUCAAGGGCUCCAAAAGAUUCUGCUCCGUGGUUUGUGCAAAGAGGUACAAUGUUGGCUGUACCAAGCGGAUAGGCCUUUUCCGUCCAGAGAGGAGUAAACCAACAAAUCGCUGGCGUAGAAGAUCUCAGGGUCGCUCCAGUAUAGAGGCUAAGAAGCAGAAGCUGUUCCUAUCACCGCAGCAGACUCAGGGCGGUUCUGUAUCCUCACCACAUCCCUCACAGCCCAGUCAGGAGGAGUCCAGCCCAUGCUCAGACAUGUCCAGCUACGAGGAGCCGCCGUCUCCCCUGUCGGCAGCCAGCUCAGGACCCCUGGCCCCCGGCCCGGCCCCGGCUCAGGUCCCCGUCCACCGACAGACGAGCAGGGCCUCGGACCAAGAGGGCUGCGCUGGGAGAGACGCACCUUUACUCUGUCAGCGCUUCUUACCCAACGACCCCGCCAAGUGGAACGUGGAGGAAGUUUAUGAGUUCAUCCGUUCACUGCCAGGCUGUCAGGAGAUAGCAGACGAGUUUCGGUCUCAGGAGAUCGACGGACAGGCCUUGCUCCUGUUAAAGGAGGACCACCUCAUGAGCACCAUGAACAUUAAACUGGGGCCUGCACUCAAGAUCUUUGCACGCAUCAACAUGCUUAAAGACUCAUAGCAGGAAACUGUGUGCGUGCAUUGAUCUGAAUGCAUGUGUAUUUGUAUGUUGGUUUGUUUCGCGUGUGUGUGUGUGUGUGUGUGUGUGUGUGUGUGUGUGUGUGUGUGUGUGUGUGUGUGUGUGUGUGUGAGAGAGCAGUGUGUAAAACCGUAGCACAGGGCAGAGGAUGUUUCAUUGUAGCACUGACAGCACUGACUACUGACUGCACUAUGACCUCGACUUCUCCCCACUACUGGACUGGUUCCUUUGACACGGAAUCUCAUACUCGCCUGCAUCAGCUCAAUAACCAUGGGACUUGUUGCCACUCUGGCCACUGGAACUGACGUGGGUUUCACCAGCGUUGGUUGCAUGAGCACUUGAAUCACACGGGCCUGCGGUGUGAGGUAGAAGCUGUGUUCACACGCACUCGCAGGAGUUAAGCAGUUCUCUGCUAAUGGGAAACAAUCUAGGCAGUGGACUGAAAUGAAAUCAGGACCCAUAGUGAGAGCUGUGCCACAUUAGUCUCACAUUAAAUUAAAGAAUGUAUUUGAUUGAUGUGGCAGAACGGCCAAUUUUCACGCAUGCAAGCUGUAAUUGGAUAUCUAAUCUGGAUAAGAACUGGUGUUAACGCAGGUGCAAAUGAAAUGAAUGCAGGAAGACAUUGCAAUCGCACUGCUGUCAGCUCCACCAGACUUAAUUUUGAGGUGGUCUGGCUCACAUUGUGAUCAGAUCUCAGCCAGGUGUAAAUGCCAUCCAGAGAGAGAGAGAGAUGACAGGAAAUGAAGAGGGAGAGAGAUGAGGUUGGGCACGCUCUUUAAAAAAAAAAAAAAAAAAAUCAGGUGAAACACCACCUAAGUCUCCUCUUGCUUUCUCAAGCUGCCCAUCACAAAGCUACAGACGACUCCUUCCUCUGCCAAGGAAAAGUAAGUAGAGCUUAUACAACAGCAUUGCUUUCACAUUGCUUCCUCGCUGUGUACCUGUUUCGCAUAUUAAGAUCCGAUCACAAUGCAGGCAGAAUUAAGAUAACGAGCACUUAUUAAUACCGGGUGUGGAUGCAGGCGGCGGCAAGAGGCUUUUAUCAAAAGUCAUUAACCAGAUAACGCAUCUGAAGACGGAUUCCACAAUAAUAGCAGUUGUAAAUUGGGCAGUUCAAUGCAGUGGAGAAAAUGAGGCUGAAAGAACAAGCAGUGCCAAAGUGUGCUACCUGUUCAGUUGUGUCUGGGUUGGGUCAUGCUGUAACACGGUCAUUGCUGAAUUGAGGCAUUGAGACACACGAGUGAAGUCUGAGUUUAUUAAUAUUAUAUUAUUAGACAUGUUAUUUGUACAGUUUUGUUGGUGUGCGAAUGGGAGAGAAAUGGCUGUGUGUGUGUGUGUGUGUGUGUG